ACUCCGAUUAUAGUCCGUGUCAUUUCGCCAAAUUAAUUUAACGACAGGAUCUGUUCGCUAAGCCCUAGUGCGGUUUACCAGUUGUAUUGCAUAUCCUACCCACCGCAUUUAGAAAUGUUUAUUUUUGUAAAUGAUAUUGAAGCGACUGCCUCCCGUAUCGGCGUGAGUCAACCCACCACCCUUUCGUGAAGCCGACACCAUUCAUAUGUAUACGAUAUAUAUUUCUGCUUCAAGCCUCGUCUGUUAAUUGUCCUCAUAAAAAAAGAUCCAUUCUGGCUGUUUAAAUGUGUCAAAUAUGAUGUGGUUCACUGCUUCGUGUUCUUGCUGUGGCUGUUGGUAAUAACUGUAAUUUGCCCUGUAACGUAAGUUGGGACUGGUGUAAGGUUCAUUGCAACAUUCCUUAGUUAGAUUUUCACAUGAAGAUGCUCGAUCUGUAGACUGAAGGGCACCCUGCCGUGAUUUCUUAGAUACGUUAUAAUCGGAUAUUUAUAAAUCUAUAUUCAUCCUUCAAAUAGAGGUCAACACUUUAGAAGUAUGUAGAAUGGGACAGUGUGCAAUACGACUGCAAUGCAACUGGCUUCAAAAUAGAUAUCAUUUUAAAUGUACCUAACAGAUAUUCACAAUUUUAGUGUUUUGCUCCACACACUGACACAUAAGAUGCAGACGAUUGCCUUUAGUAAGGAGCUUCGUUUGAAAGAAGUUAGUAUUAAACAAUGGUAAUUUAAACAGCUCAUAUAAAAUUGUACAAGAUCAGUUAUGGAGAUGCAAUAGCAUGUAUAGAAGUAAAAAAUGAAGGGAACGUCGGGGAAUUUUUCACAUGGGAUGUCAAUUCUGGUCUUUCGUGUAGUUGAUGAUGUAAUCCAAAAUACAACACGGAGUAUUUACUCUGCCAUGUGUUCCGCGUGUUUGAUGGCUUUCUCAUAUCUGGUUAUGAAGAGGAAUCAGUUCUAGAUCAUAACAUUACGUCUUUAAUAUAGCUGUCCUUUUUGCGGCGCAUGGGUGGGGGGUGGAAACUGAGCUCCUUCCCGGUCUUUUCCAAAUUGCUAAUGCACGAGCUGGCUGUGGUCUCGUGAGGAGGAUGGUCCAUCUUAAAUGUCCCCACAGAAAAUAGAACAUCGUUGCUGUGCUUAGAGGAAAGAACACACUUCGUUGUCGAGGGUCUUUUUAAAAUAUCAUAUUGUUUUACAAUGUAGGAGUAGAUCUUCUUUUAAGGCUUUCGUUUAGCUAUAAGCUAUAAGACUUUUUCAAAUAGAUGGUUGCCGACGAUCUCUAUUCCAACUUUUCCCUUGUCGACUGAUGUUUUAUCUCGGUGAUUUAUAAAGGGAUGUGCAGUAAAAGUAUCCGAUGACCUUCAGCCCUGUUUCAUAAGCACAGUUCUUCUAAGCAGGCUUGUCUCACACAUUUAUUUAGGCAUAUUUUUGUGAGUGGAUGAUCAGAUAUUGAAACUUCGUUCUUACUGUAUGUUCAAUAUAAAAAUUAUACCUGCGUUACACGAUGGAAAAUAAAUGGGGCAGUAGUGCUCUGAGAAGCAUUUUCCAACGGAUUGGAAACGCAAAUGUGCGUCAAAGCGAAACUGCCAGCCCCUCAGCGGUGAGACCUUUGUUUUAACUAAGCGUUGGGCAAAUGAGUGUAGUGGGGGUCUGGUGCCCCGCUUCAAGUUGCAAAAAGGUGCCUUUCGUAAAGGAUUGGCGAGCUGCGACGGCAGGCGAUAAAUAAUAAAUACGUAUCACGGUGACUGUCGAUCUGCAGUGCGUGCGGUGGGUUCCUCUUGACGGAGCUGGGGGGGGGGGGGCACUUUGUUUCCCUCACGCCUGAGUGGAUCCUUCCUGUGGGGCCUUGAUGAGCUGAUUCAAGCCCCUGCCAGGUUAACCUAAUUUGCGGUAGCUUGUUUCAUUAAAGCACCGGCCGAUUCCGCUGUUUGCCGACUAUUUUUAGACGCGGGAGGAAACGCAGGGUGAUUUCCAUCACAUCAGACUCUCCGCCACUCUCCGGUCGUCCCAGGCAACGCUACUGCCAUAUGGGGAACGCUCCCCCAAAAACCUUAAGGUCUCCCCACAUCCGUAGAUGUAGACGGAAAUGUUGCUUCGUGCAGCCGAACUUUGAGUCGCUUUUAUUGAUGCUUGGAAAAAUCUCCUUAAGGAAAUAAUUAAUAAUAAAUAUCGACCGGCGGAAAGAAUGUUCUGACACAUUGUUACAUCACCUUCAUGUCUUGUGCAUGUGGACCUUGAGUACAAUAAAACUUCUACUUAUUACGCUGAAUUACAGUCGUUAGAUGCAUUUAUUAAGGGUGCGUGCAAGGUGCAAUAACACAUAGUGACAGCUGUAGUUUCAGUAGUUUUACAUCAGUUAUAUAAAAUCAGCACAGAUUGGUUCCCUUUACCUGUUAUCUCCAGGGUGAUCUUUGCAGGCCCAUAAAGCAACAGCAAAUACAAGUUGAUGUGAAGCACAGAAAAAAGUAUUAACGGGCGGAGAUUUUUUUCGUCAUUAAGCUCAAAAAUCACUCAGCAUCUUUUUUUUUAAUGUGACUCAGACACUAUAAGCCCGCUAAUCCGAAACUUAAACUCAUAUAAGACAUAUCCACCCAUCCAUCCAUCUUCCAAAAGGUUUACCCCGAUGAGAGCCACGGGUGUUUACAGGUGAAGCAGGUUAAGCAGAAUUCCUUGACUGUGUGAAGUAUGUUACGCUGCAGUAGCCCAUACACGGAGAAUAAGACUGAUACCAAAAAGGUAAACCUGGAACUGAACCGAAACUCGUGCGCUGAGAGACAGUCGCAGCUCUGAUAUGCCAGAUGCUGGUAGGAUACACCUGAAUGCUGUCCGACUGAGGGGAAAAGUCCCGUCAACUCGUAUGACACAUGUAAACAAUUUAAGUGAACGAAUACCUCUUCAUGGUCCAAGCCCGUGGACUCCAGAUUCGAGAGAAUGUGAGAAGCAUUGGGGUCCAGGUUUUGGAGCAGAUGGUUCGGGGAGCCUACAGCAACAACACAGAUUAUGCUUACGACUUCAAUGUCAGCGAGCCCCACACCCAGACCACCACCUACCUCCCGGAGGGCUACACAUACCUCCCCAGCCAGAGAUGUCCUGAAAAGCUUCCAUCUAUGAAGGGACGGGUGGACGUCAACAUGAGCGAGGUGGCCCUGUCGGAGGUGCAAAGGAGCCUGCUGCUAGAAGACCGCAGUUUGGCCCUGGGGGGCCACUGGAAGCCACAUGACUGCAUGCCACGUUGGAAGGUGGCCAUCCUGAUCCCGUUCCGGAAUCGGCACGAGCACCUGCCGAUCCUGCUCCGGCACCUUGUCCCAGCGCUCCAGCGACAGCGGCUCCAGUUCGGUUUCUACGUCAUUGAGCAGGUGGGCACCGAGGCCUUCAACCGUGCCAUGCUGUUCAACGUGGGCUUCCGGGAAGCAAUGAAGGAUCUGGACUGGGACUGCAUGGUCUUCCACGACGUGGACCACAUCCUAGAGAACGACCGAAACUACUACGGCUGCGGAGAGAUGCCACGCCACUUUGCUGUCAAGCUCAACAAGUACUCAUACAUGCUGCCGUACACUGAAUUCUUUGGUGGGGUCAGUGGCCUUACUGUCGAGCAGUUUCGAAAAAUUAACGGCUUUCCCAAUGCCUUUUGGGGCUGGGGAGGUGAGGACGACGACCUGUGGAACAGGGUCCAGUUUGCGGGCUACACCGUGAGCCGCCCCCCAGGGGAUGUGGGCCGCUACAUGUCCAUACCACACCAUCACCGUGGAGAGGCGCAGUUUCUGGGCAGAUAUACCCUCCUCCGGCAGUCCAAGAAGAGGCAGGAGGUAGACGGCUUGAACAACCUGAACUAUUCACCCAGGAUCUCCCGAACUGCCCUAUACACCAACAUCACUGUUCAACUGACUAAGGAGCUGGCCCCAGUGGCUGACUACUGACCCCUCCCUGGAGGUCAUGGGGGGUUUAGGGAUGGGGUAUGGACCUGGCUGAGACCAUCUGUCCAGGGAAUGAUCAUCUUCCGAAGAUGUCAGCUGGUCCUUUCUUAAAGGAGACGGGUUUCCCAAAUCAUCAAUGCACACAGACAUGGGGCAACAUGACACUAGCACUGGACGUUCUUAUGCUUUUCCAGGCUUUGGGUCACUCCGCAUCUCUGCGUUCGGCUCCAGAAUUUUGCCGGGGAAACUCCUCACUCACAUCUGCCUUCCACAUCUAAUUUUGGGCCUUGUUUUUCAACGGCAAAUUUUAAAACCAAGUUUACAUCCAGUUUCACACUGAAACAGCCGACACCUGGAGGAGGUGCUCUUGCCAGAAAAGUCUCCUUCGCCACUGACCAGAAAACGCCAGAUUCUGACAGGGAUCAAUGGGUAAUGCCAUUGUCUCCGCCACACACGGAAUCCGUUUUUCACCCAGACAGCCUUCCGUUUACAUCUCCACAAGGUACUCACCCUGAACCGAUAUGAGAAAAUAUCUAAUAGCUUAUGUGGAUCUGAUGAACUCUAAAGCCCCUUGGAUUUAAAACACAUCAAGAGAACACUUGUAUUUAUUUAGCAGAUACUUUUACCCAAAGUGACAUACAUUUAUUUUUGAGACAGCAGCGUUAGCAAGUCCAUGGAGAAAUUGCAGAUUAAGGGCCCUGCUUAAGGGUCCAAUGGUGAAAUUGCUUUGCUGAAGCUAGGAUUCAAACCUAAGUGGUUUGUGAGUUUAUGCUCCACAUCAGAAGGGCAGAUGUUCUGGGGACCUUUUCCAUUUUGGGGAAGUUGAGGGCUUUGGUGGCCAGAGUUCUGCUAUGACGCGGAUCCACUGCAAUUUCCCUCUGUUAAAAGAGGGUGGUGAUUCCCAGGAGACCGGACUGAGCAGAAGUUGGACACUGCUCCCUUCCCCGCCAUGCGAGGGGUCUCCCAGAGUGCACCGGGCCGUCAGUCAUCCCCACCAGACAGGCGGACGAGACCGAAAUCCAAGACUGUGAAAUUACACUUUGGGAGAAGUCCGAAUGACUGCAGAAGCCUGCAGAAAUCAGAGACUCGUCCCCUGUUAUCAGAUCCAACUGCGUUUAGCUGUUAGAUGGUAUCUUCCUGACAUAGAGCCAUCGUUUGUCUGUAAAAGCGUGCGUAAGUGUAAACCUGUACGUGUGUGUAGACAUAUAUGUAGAUGGUUUCUUCUAUACUCUUAUUUUUCUUUUUGCUCUCUUCCUCAAGUUGCAAACUAUUUUUUGAGCAGCUGCAUUGUAUACUUAAAAUCCUGUAAAGGGAGAAGGACGGUGAGCUGUGUGAAAUUCAGCAUGUUUACAGUGUUUCUGUCGCACUCCCUUUUUCUCCUGUGGACGGCACGACUCCACUAUACUAAGGUGGACAAUGACCCGGGCGACCAAGUAGAUCAGGAACCAAUGCGCUUUUGUGAAUUUCUAACUUAAUGGUUAUUCCGUUCUUCUCCUUAAUCUGAGAUCCCAAAAUUCCUGCUCCUUUUUGUGUGGAAUAUUCAAGAUGACCUUCUAGCUAGAGGCAUGCUAGAAGAAACCAAUGAGGACACGUACUCUUUGCACAGAUUACGGGGGUUUUACUUACUCGUGUGCUACUUUUUACCCACGUUUACAUCCGAAUCUGAAUCCGCGUGUGCUCAGAGACAGACUGUUCCUGGUAUACAUGCUGCAGCCGUUUCCGAGUACAUUGGGGUAGUGCUGUAAACGCUUUGUCAUCCUGUGCCAACUGUCCCCACAUCGUCAGGCCAAUGGCAUUACGGGCCAGCUGUCUUCAAACUCCACCCCAGUGUGACUCCUUGCCCAGACCUUAAAGCACCAGAGGAGAUUCACACCACGAGCCUCCCUUCAUGGCUUUGUAUUGAACAAAAACACCUCGAUUAUACAGUCAACGUUAUUUUUUGGCAUAGAGGGAAGAAUCCCUUCUUGCCGUUACAGAGGCUGGCCUCUACUUAUCUUAUUUAUACUUUUUUUUAUUAUUAUCUUUCAUCAAUCCCAUUUUGCUUCAAUGAUUGCAAUUUGGCCUGAGGAGUGUAGGUUAAAUACUUCAGCUGAGUGGAAGAAGUGAUGUGUAAUUUCGCAACGCUGAGUGGUAUAGCCGGGGAGCAAAGGCGCUCCAUGUCCAGUGGAAAUGGGGGGCGGGGGGCAGCCUCAUGCUCUCACCAGCCAGACCCACUUCUCUGCGUCUUAUCAAUGGUGCUGCUCUUGAAGACAAGUCACAUUGUGCUGACCGGAGGCAUCAUGAUGGUAUCUUUGUUUUUAUUUAAAAAAACCUUCCGUUUUUAAGCACAAGAUGACAUCACAUCGCCAAUCUUAAGGAGGUGCUCAGUGACGGUGGGGUUUUUUGUUGUUGUUGUAGAAAAACAGAAUAUUUGGGCACAUGUAGUGGCCACUAUUUCAGAACGGGGGAGUGCCCCAAAAGCGUGGUCCCGGCCAGUUUUAACUGAUUCUGGAUUCAUUUUUGGGGACGCUAUGACCCUGCUGAAAUUCCCCACGUGCCUCGUUUCCGUGAGAGCCAUGAUGGAUUUGGUUUCCUACCAGCCCAAAUGAUGGACCCCCCGGUCCUGAUCGACUGGCAGCCUUAAAUCUUUCAUGCAUCCUAAUGUUCUCAUGUGUUAUUCUUUAAUUUCAUAUGAAUAAAUAUUUAAAAAUGUA